CUUCAAUGCUUCCUGGCCGAUUUCCUGUAUCAUUUGAAGACUCUGGGAAAAAGGGCUGCUGUUGUCUCUCUUUGGAUGAGAAUUUUGUUUAGGUUUUCUGUUGCACAUUAGAAUAACUUCGCUAAACAUGGCAAUGACUAUCAGCACGAUAAGGAAUUUGUUGUAAUGGCUUCUUCUUCUUCACUACGUCUUAGAAAUGACAACAGCGCAAACAGCCCUAAAAACAGUAACAUGGACAUUGCUGAGGAGUUCACUGUAAUGGCUUCCUCUUCAUUACCACUCUCGGUAAUCGAUGACAGCCCAAACAGAUACUGAUGAAAAUGUUUCAGCGGUUUUAUCUCCAUCUUUGCAAAGGACUCGCAGGUCCGAAUUCGAUCAGUUGGAACUGUACAAAGCUGUUCUCAAUGGUGACUGGGAAAGUGCUUCAAAAUUAUUGGAGGAUGAUCCACGAUUAUUCUCCGCCCGGUUCGGAACAGAUGAAUCCCGAAUUCUUCACAUAGCAGUUGAGUUAGGAGAGGCCAGAAUGGGUUUCGUGGAGAAGUUGGUUAAGAUUAUGCCAAGUGAGGAUCUGGCUCUGCGGGAUUCUGAUGGCGCCACUGCCAUUUUCAACGCUGUAAGGGCUGGCAAUAUAAAAGCAGUCAAGUUGUUAGUGAACAAAAAGUCAGACUUGCCCAAUAUCUGCAACCGCUACGAUUUUGCGCCUCUUCACAGCGCUCUUAGGUAUGGUCAUAAAGAGCUGACUUUAUAUUUAUUAAGCGUCACCAGAGAUAAUGAACCUCCAUAUCCCUUCUCAAAUUCGCCUGGAAUCGUACUUCUGCGCAGAGCACUAAUGGUGGGGUUUCAUGAUGUAGCACUGUAUCUGGUUCAACGUUAUCCUCACCUUGCCACAUGCCAUUUCGGUGAUGCUAAAGAUUCUGAUGAUGAUAAAGCCCCUUUGACGGUAUUGGCUAAAAGGCCUUGGGCUUUCCGAAGUGGAAGUCGCUUCAACUUAUGGCAACUCAUAAUAUAUCACUCUUGCCGAAAGGUGAAUGCAAUAUUCUGGGAACUGGUUGGAUGGUUAGUACCACCCAUCAAGCACAUCCAAGAAACAAAAACAAUGCAUACUCAGACUCUUCAAUUGCUUAACCACCUAUGUACUGAGGUUUUGAGAGUAUCAAGAGCACAGGGAAUAUUUAGACAAUCAUUCAUUAAUGGGGCAAAAUAUGGGAUUCCCGAGAUUCUGGAAGAGAUUAUAAAGUCAUAUCCUUUUGCACUCGAGUAUCUGGAUGAGGUUGUAUUCAAAUCGGUAGUAUCAAAUCGUUAUGAAAAGAUUUUCAACCUCAUCUGCGAGACCGGUAUGCAUAGACAACUUAUAAUACGAACCGAAGAUGAUUCAAAUAAAGGUAAUAUUUUGCAUUUGGCUGGAAAAUUGGCCCCUCCGCACCGGCUCAGUCUCAUUUCUGGUGCAGCUCUACAAAUGCAACGCGAGUUACAUUGGUUUAAGGAAAUUGAAAAACAUGCCCCGAGAGCCUUCAGUGAAUUUGAGAACGAAAACAAAGUUAAACCGAAAAUGACAUUUAUAAAGGAACAUGAAGAUUUGAUAAAAGAAGGGGAGAAAUGGAUGAAAGGCACAGCAAAAUUUUACACAUUGGCAGCGGCGCUUAUUGCUACUGUAGUGUUUGCAGCAGCAAUUACCAUCCCGGGUGGCAACCAUGAUGAUACUGGCAUACCAAAUUUCUCCUAAGAAAUUGCCUUCAAAGUUUUUGCAGUUUCGGAUGCACUUUCCCUCUUCCUAUCCAUUGCUUCGGUGCUGAUAUGCCUAUCCAUUCUCACGACACGAUAUGCAGAAGAUGAUUUUCUUUUUGCCCUUCCCACGAGGUUGAUAUUUGGCCUUGUUACUCUAUUCCUCUCCGUAACAUUCAUGAUGAUAGCCUACAGUGGCGCAAUCUAUCUUCUCUUUGGUGAAAAGAAGGCAUGGAUUCUUAUUACCUUGGCUGCAUUAGCCUGUUUGCCAGUGACCUUGUACGGAAUUUUGCAGUUUCCCCUCCUUGUGGAAUUGAUUUAUUCCACAUACGGCCCAGGCAUUUUUGGCAAACAUAGUAAUCGUCUGAUCCGAUAGAUCGACAAUCAUGGUGAGAGUAUUCGACACAAUUACGUACUUUGGGAUUUGCAUCAAAUUCAUGACUGAAUGUAUUGCCUUCACUCUCU